UUCUAUACUAAACGUCAUUGUCAAAUUUGUCUUUUUAAUGACGUUUUGAUGAUUAAAAGAGUGUAAUUCGUUUAAUUAGUAUAAAUAAUUAAAUAUUAUAUACUUAAUAUUUAUAUGCUUUAUAGUAUAAUAUGUGUAAGCUAUGUAUAAGAUUUGAUAAAUAAAUUAAUACUUAUAAUUAAGUUGCACAUUACAAUUGAAAGUAGUAUUUCAAUACUAAAAAAUGUUCAAGAAAUUUAAAGAUAAAUUAGCUGAGGAAGUUAAGUCAUCUCCUCAAAGGAUACAACAAUUUGCACAAGCUGCGCAGGCUGCAGUUACAUCUGCUUCAAGUAGCAUAUCUGACAUAACAAAUAAUGAUUUGUUUUCCAUAGGUGAUAAUGAUACCAUGAGUAAAACCAAGGUGUCAACAUACAAUCAACCUAAUAACUAUCAAGAAGUGCCUCUUGUGCAGCCGGGAAACAGUCAGCAAAAUAUUGAAUCAGAUUUUCAAUUUAAGCAAGAGAUGCAUCAGGAAAAUCAGAGGCAAAGACGACUUUCCAACAGCUCAUUUGCUAGCGAUAUAUCAUUCCGAUUGCCGAGCUAUGAGAGUCCAUCGAUGUAUCAUUUGCAGUCAGAUAUGGAGGUAUCAGCCAGUGAAGCUGAAGAGAAAGGUUUUUCUGGUGGUACAGUUAACCUAGACAGAGUUACUAAAGAACAGUUGUAUGCAGCAUACCGCCGUACGCAAGAUCGUUGUACUAAAUACAAAACUCAGUAUGCAGAUCUUGCUCGUCAUUACAAACUUUUGGAAAGGGAAAAUGCAAAAGCAAGGAAUGUCUUAGUAGAGACGCAAGAUAAAGCCUUAAGAAGAGUAUCUGAAUUAAGGGAACAAUGUUCAUUAGAACAGGGUGCUAAAGCACACCUUGAAAAAGCGUUGCGUUUAGAAAUUGAGGAGAAAAAUAUAAAAAUUGAAACACUUAAUACAAAAUUAAGUCUUCUACAAAAUAGUAAUAUGGUGGAGAGUGUUGAUUUAACUGAAAAUAAACUACAAAUUACAAAUAACAAAAAUGAUAAUGAUGCACCUUUAAUUAAUUUAGUUACUGAUGAUUUAAAUAAUGACCAAAAACCCAGCGAAGAAACUGGAAUAGCAGAAACAACAGCCUUAAAUAAUAAAAUUGAAAAAUUGGAACAAUUGUUAAAUAAGUAUAAGGAAUCACUUAAAUCUACUAAAGAAAAGAAUGCGCAAUUGACUACAGAAUUGCAAAUAAUUUCUUCUGAUCUUGAAAAUAAAGUUAAAGAAAAUGAACAGCUUAAAGCUGCGACUCUAUCAUUAACGGAAGCGAGGCAAAGAAUUCAUGAACUGAACGAAAGUAUCGAAGAAUUACAAAAUAAAAAUAAUGCUAUUGAAUUUUUAAAAAAUAAAGAAAUGUCUAUUAUCGAAAUAAAUUUAAAAAAUGCACAAGAAGAAAUUGAAAAGUUACACGAAAAAAUCGAAAUAUUAAGUAAAAGAGAAGAGGAGUAUGCUAUAUCAUUAGCUGAAAAUAAACUAAGUAUUCAUAAAGAAUUAGAAAGUAAGGAAACUGAAAUAAAAUCAUUAAAAGAUAGCUUAGCAAGUAGUGAUAAUGAAAUUCAGUCACUUAAUAUAAUAAUAAAUGAUUAUAAAAACAAUAUAAGUCAAUUGGAAGAUGAGCGUUCUAAGUUAAGAAAUGAAAUUAAUGAACUAAAUGUUGAUAAAACUAAAGUUGGAGAGUUAAAAACUGAGUUAGAUGCUCUUGCACAAAAAUAUCAAUACCUUGAACAAACUAAGAAUAAGGCUGAUGAAGAGUACAAUUGCUUACAACUACAAAUGAAGCAAGAAACAGCUGAAAAAUUGGCAAUGAUUGAUAGAAAUGUCUAUUUAGAAAAUAGAAAUACACAGUUACUUGAAGAAAAUACGAAGAAAAGUACACAAAUCAGCAAUUUAGAAAACGAUUUACAAAUGCUAAAAACAGAAGUCAAUUUGUCAAACAGCCAAGAAUUACAAGAUGAUAAGAAACAAACAGAAGAAAUAAAUAUGUGGAAGUUAAAAUGUAGUAACUUAGAAUCUGAGAUUCAGGAGGAAAGGGUGGAACUUGUAAAAUUACAAACAGAAAUUGAAAAACUUUUAUUAAACCAUGAGUCUAUUCAAACACUUAACGAACAGCUGAACAUCACUGUAGAUGAAUUAAAAUCAGAAAUAACGUCAUUAAAAGAUAAGGUAGUUCAAGGAGAACAGGUAAAGAAAUCUUGUGAAGAGUUGAGAACUAAUGUUAUUACCUUACAAAAACAUUUAAAUAAAACUUUGAAAGAAACAAAAUCAUUUAAACAAGUUAUGAAUGAAACACAUAAAAUCAUUAACGAAAAUAUGAUUGUAUUAAAUAACACAGCAAGAAAUGAAAUUAAUCAGUGUGAAAGGUUAUGUGAAGAUUUACGUCUUUCUAAUGUCUCUUUACAAAUAAAUGUUCAAAAUAUAACCGAUCAAUACAAAACUCUAAACAAUGAUUAUAAUCAAUUGCAAAAAGAGAACGAUAGAUUAAAAUCGAAAUUAGAGAAAGUGCAAUCUGAAAACAGUGCACACUUACAAAAGAUUCUAGAUUUACAAAGUCAAAGUGAAGAUUAUCAAAAGGAAUUGAAUAAUUACGUGAAUGAUUCCAAAAAAUUGAAUGAUGAACUUAAAAAUUAUAGCAUGGAAAAAAAUACAGUUGAUGAAAAACUUCAUGUUUUGAAAAAAGAAAACGAAGAACUUCUAAGUUUAUUAAAAGAAAAUGAAAAUGUGAAAGAAAUAUCUAGAAAUGAAUUUGAAGAUGUAUCUCACAAGUAUGAUGAACUCCUUAAAAAAUUCAACACAUUAACAGCAGAACACAAUGAAUUAUCAACACUUAAAGAAGACUACCAAAAACAAACAAAUAUCAUCCUUAACUUAGAAAAACGAAUUGAUGAUCUAAAUCAAGAAAACACAUCACUCAAGAAUUUAUCUGAAACUAUUUCCAAGAAUGUAACUGAUAUUGAGUCAGAAUUGAAAGAAGUUCGCAAAUCUCAUACUCAAAUAGAAAUUGAAAAAGACCAUUUAAACUCCGUGAUAUCUGAACUUGAAGAAAAUAUAAAAAAGGAGAAACAUGCAAAAAAUACACAAACAGAUAAUUUUAAUGAACAAGAACAAAUUCUUAACGAGAGCAAAGACAUCAUUGAACAAUUCCAAAAAGAUGUAGAACUCCUAAAGAACACUAAUAACAAAAUAUCUGAAGAACUUAAACAUAACAAAUCAGAAAUUAAGAAGUUGGAGGAUAUUAAAAUAAAACAUGAUGAAUGUGUUAUUGAGGUUGAUGCGCUAAAAGAUGAGAAUAAACGAUUGCAAUCUGAUAUUGAAGGCCUCCAAUCUUAUAUGACUAAAGUUUCUAAAGAAAAUAGUCAACUCAAUGAUAAAUUACGGGAAGUCAUUGCGACCAAUGAUAGUUUUCCCGACAAAAAUGAUAUGUUUAUUCGUGAUAUAGAAAGUCUUCAAAAUGAAAUUCAACAUGGAAAAGAUAAAAUAGAUGAUUUGGUUAGAGAAAACUCAUUAUUGGCAGAAGAGAAUCUUGAAUUAAAAGACCAAAUAAAAUUACAGUCAUAUCCUAAAACAAGCAUAGUUACAGAAAACAAUUGUAUAAAUAAUGAUGACAUUGUUCAUAAGUAUAAUAAUUUGACAGAAACAAAAAAUAGAUUAGAAAAGAAAUUAUUUGAUUUAGAACAAAUGAAUCAAUCAGUGACUGAGAACAUGAAUCAUAUGCAAAACAAUAAUGAAAAAUUAAGAUUAUCUAAUGAAAAAUUAGAAAGGAGACUCGAUGAAGCACUUGUUAGUUUAAGACAUUUGCAUGCACUUCAGGAAAAUACUGAAUUAGAAUAUUUGAAGAAUAUUCUAUAUGAAUAUCUUACUGGUUCUGGCACACAUUCCGUAACUCUAGCAAAAGUAUUAUCAGCAGUAGUCAAAUUUGAUGAUAAACAAACAGAGAUGGUACUACAAAAGGAAAAAGAAAGACAAGGCCUUCUGCAUCAACUUGGCAUUAUUUGAUAAAUAAUUCCAUUAAUAUAUAAAGGUAAAUUAAUCAUAUUAUUUAUUUUUUAGUUAAACACAUUUUUAAUAUUUUGUACAGAGAUAAAUUAAGUUAAACAUUGUGUAAAGUAAAAAUGCAAUAAUGAUGCCAUUUUGUACAAUUUGUUCUAUUUAAAGCAGAUUUUAUAUACCUGGUUAAUAAUUAGGUGUGAAAAUGUAAUCACAAUAAUUAUAUUAAUAAAAAUACUAAAAAUUUUAUCUAUAUAAUUAUUUCGAAAAUUUGGAAUUGUUAAUAAAAAACCUUUAUUAAAAACA